ACUUCAUUAAUUAAAAAAAAGAGAAAAAGGAGAAAACGAGAAAAAGAUAAGAACAGAAAAAUACGUAUAAGCCCUAAAUCGGCUGAAAAUAUCGCGAGAAAAUCAACACCAUUUUCCAGGAAUCUGCAAGUGUUAUUCAUCAAUCAAAGAUUUCAGGAUCGAAUGCUGGGUAUAUCAUUUACAUGAUGGUUCGAGAGAAAGAUGUUUGUUGGGAAUAUGCCGAGAAACUAGACGGAAACAAGGUUAAAUGCAAGUUCUGUCUUAGAGUUUUGAAUGGUGGCAUAAGUAGAUUAAAGCAUCAUCUCUCUAGACUUCCAAGUAAAGGUGUAAAUCCAUGUAGCAAAGUUAAGGAUGAUGUCACUGAUAGGGUUCGGGCCAUAAUAGCAUCAAAGGAUGACAGUAAAGAAGUUCCUUUAACAAAGAUGCGAAAAAGAGAUGAACCUAGAUCACCCAUUAGUAUGCCUACAACUAGAAGUCUUGUAACCCAUGAAAUUUCAUCUCCAAUUACUAGGUUUUUUCCCGAUGUUACCCUAAACACCCCUUCUCAUGCAAGUGAUCAAGAAGAUGCAGAAAGAAGUGUAGCUCUUUUCUUUUUCGAGAACAAAUUGGAUUUCAGUGUUACACGAUCUUCAUCAUACCAACAGAUGAUUGAUUCAGUCUCGAAAUGUGGUAACGGGUUUGAUGGGCCCACACCUGAAACUCUUAAAAACAAGUGGUUGGAGAUCAUCAAGUCUGAAGUCAACUUACAGUGUAAAGAAAGCGAGAAAGAAUGGUCAACAACGGGUUGCACAAUAAUUGUUGAAACGUGGACUGAUAACAAGUCUAGAGCUUUGAUCAACUUCCUUAUUUCAUCACCAUCCAGCACGUUUUUCCACAAAUCAGUAGAUGCGUCUUCUUAUUUUAAAAGCACAAAGUUUCUUGCUGAUUUGUUUGAUUCUGUAAUUCAAGAUUUUGGUCCUGAUAAUAUCGUGCAGAUAAUUUUGGAUAAUACUCUCAAUUGUACAAGUAUAGUGAAUCAUAUUUCAGAAACUUAUGGGACCAUCUUUGUCUCCCCGUGUGCUUCACAAUGUCUGAAUGCAAUUCUGAAAGAGUUUUCAAACAUUGAUUGGGUGAAUCGAUGCAUAUUGCAAGCACAAGUGAUUUCAAAGUUCAUAUACAACCAGUCGUCACUUCUUGAUAUGAUGAAAAAGUUCACUGCAGGUGAAGAUAUCAUCAAAACCGGCAUCACAAAAUACGUUUCUCACUUCUUAUCAUUGCGAUCAAUGUUGAAGCAACGGUCAAGAUUGAAACACAUGUUUAACAGCCCCGAAUUCACCAAUAACCCUGCUUAUGCAAAUAAAUCACAGGGCAUGACGUGCAUUGGCUUACUUGAUGAUAACGAGUUUUGGAGGACAGUUGAAGAAUGUGUUGCGGUUUCUGAACCAUUUCUAAAGGUAAUGAGGGAGGUUUCGAGUGGAAAACCGGCAGUUGGUUUGAUUUAUGAGUUGAUGACCAAAGCCAAGGAGUCUAUUAGGACAUAUUAUAUCAUGGAUGAUAUUAAGUGUAAGAUCUUCUUUGAUAUUGUGGACCAGAAAUGGCAGAGUCAUCUUCAUUCACCCUUACAUUCUGCAGCUGCUUUCUUGAAUCCAGUUAUUCAGUAUAAUCCAGAGACCAAGUUUCUUGGAUCGAUCAAAGAAGACUUUUAUAGGGUUUUAGAGAAACUGCUCCCAACUCCUGAACUAAGACGAGAUAUUACCAACCAAAUUUUGUUGUUCACGAGGGCAAGUGGAAUGUUUGGCUGCAGUCUUUCUAAGGAGGCGAUCGAUGCUGUCUUGCCUGGAAUUUGGUGGGAACAAUAUGGUGACGCAGCUCCAACAUUACAACGAGUUGCUAUGAGAAUACUGAGCCAGGUUUGCAGCACUACUCCGCUCAAGAAACACUGGAGUACAUUUCAGGAAAUCCACUCAGAGAAACGGAAUAAGAUCAAUAAGGAAACUUUGAAUGAUAUUGCCUUCAUUCAUUACAAUCUAAAGCUAGCAAGAUCCAAAAAGUCGGUGUCAACAGAUACUGAUCCGAUACAACUAGAUGACAUCGAUAUGACUUCGCCAUGGGCUGAAGAGACCGAGAAUUCUAGCCCGACUCAGUGGCUUGAUCGAUUUGGCCCCUCUCUUGAAUGUAAUGACUUGAACACCCGACAGUUUAGUAAUUCUAUAUUUGGUCCUAAUGACCAUUUGUUUAAUCUUUGAUGUUUAUCAUGUACAUGUUAGCCACAUGUAAAGUUUGAUUAAAUUAUAGAUUCUGAUUCUUAUAUAAAGUAUACAUUUUAGACCA